GUGAGAAGGUGAAAAAGAGGAAAGAACAAUGAUAAAUGAAAAGACAAAAAAAAAGAGUAAGAAGAGUAAGAUGAUAACUACCUAUUCAUAAAAAUCAAAUGAAUGGAAAGAAGAUUCAGAUUAUGAAAAGAAAAAUGAUAACAAAGAAGGAGUAAAAGAAAAUGAAAACUGAGGAAAAAGUAUGAUGAAUCAGAGAAGAUGAAAUAAUGGUGAAGGACUGAAGAUGCCCAAACACGUGCCUGCAUCUAUACCCCUCUGAACUGUCAACACCACCACCACCACCAUUACUUACUGGAGAUACACGGGCUACCUCAGCCUGGUAUGGACAAAUCAGUCUUCAGCAAGUGUUUAAUAAGUAAUGAGCACUUGGAUUGACAAGAUGCAUUCCUCAACACUCUCUGAGCCAUCCCCUGCACUCCUCCAGGCACUCCAGGGAGCAGUAUGCAUGGCCCAAGACCGUGGCUAUGUGAUGCAAAUUGGCAACCCACUUACACCUCCACCCACCAACACUAAAGUCUUCUUCAGAAAGUUGCCAGCACACUUUGAUGUGACAGACAAGCUUGGGCAGGAAGUCAUUCGGUUUGAGUUCUGGGAUGUGCCAUUCAACAAGCUGCCAGGUGAGACAGGCCGGCUCGUUGCAAAACGAGUCCGUCGCACUGCUCGACACACUGGUGUGGCCACUGCCAGGGUGCGAUUGGUAUUGCUAGUGCCGCACAGCACACGCCAGCAGGAGCGUUUGGAGAGGCGGGCACUGAAAAGUCUUGGGGCGAAGGUGGAGGUGUUCCUGCAUCAGUUUUUUGUGAGGGUGAACCAACCACACCAUCUACCAAGGUGUGAGCUACUGAGGAACCAAGCAAUGCUGCAACGCUUCCAAGACCGCUACGGGUCAGCAGCCAACCUUCCCAAGAUUAGCAGUGAGGACUUUGUGUGUCGCUACUUGGGUGCCGUGCCUGGUGACAUCCUACUGUCCACCGCUGCCUUCGGGGAGAUGCGCUCCUGGCGUCUGGUGGUGCCGCCCCUCCGCUCUCAUGACAUCUAUACAGAGGAGCUGGAGCAACGUGUGAGGCAGCAACGCAACUCCACUGCUGCAUUCAUGACCUACCUCAGGACCAUCACUGAGGACCCUGACCAUUACUGAAGUGGAGGGCCAAGUAGUGAGGUGGCCACAAUCCAAGUCUUUAGUAAUGUUGCUUUGGAUUCACUCAUUUCAGGCAAUGUUACAAUGUAUGUACACUCUUCUGCAUCAUUUUGUGUAAUACUAUUCCCAUAAUCUUGAGUGAGUCCCUCCGUUUGAUAUAAAGUAUACACUGCCUAAAUGUUAAGUACGGAAACUUACUUAUCUCUACCUAUUAUUGUGCUGAAAUUGACACUAAUGAACUCUAUAAAUACCCAAUC